UCUGCCCCAGGCAAAGUCAAAGAAGCUGUGAAGGCAGCCAUUGAUGCAGGGUAUCGUCACUUUGACUGUGCCUUUGCCUAUCAAAAUGAGAAUGAGGUGGGCGAAGCCAUCCAAGAGAAGAUCCAAGAGAAGGUUGUGAAGCGGGAGGACCUCUUCAUUGUUAGCAAGUUGUGGCCCACAUACUUUGAGAAAAGCCUCGUGAAGGAGGGCUGCAGGAAGACUCUGAAGGACCUGAAACUGGACUACCUGGACAUCUACCUCAUUCACUGGCCACAGGCAUUUCAGCCAGGAAAAAGUUUAUUCCCCCAAGACGAUAAAGGCAACAUGAUCCCCGGUAAAACAUCAUUCUUGGAUACCUGGGAG